AUGGAAAUGCAGUGCAAAGAGCGGGUUGACUUGUUGGAAGCAUUGAGACAGUCCAGACAAGAGAAAGCAGCAGCAGAUGCGUCCACAGAAGAACACAGUGGGAAAAUACAUAAGAGUUCGUCGAGGAUACCAAGACAGAGCUCUGAGUCCGAGAAUCGUGAUCGAGGCUUCAUUGGAAAUGGGACCAUUCCGGCUGUUGGAUACCCUGACCUCUCGAGGCCUGCUCCGCCUCUGCCUCAACGACCUGCGAUGGUAUCCAAGAACAGCUCUGAACAAGCAGUCGUGGGGUUAAGAUCAGCAGCCAAUUGCCCAUCCUUAUAUCCUCCUUCGUCUUCUUCAAGAACAAUCACACCUACUUAUUCCGCUACAUUAGCACCGCCAACGAAGACCUCGAGAAGUCCAAGUCCCGAGAAGGGCCGAACAAUGCUCCACACAUUACGAUCUGGCGAUAGGAGUUCGAGGAAAACGCGGGCAUCAGGCGUCAAAAGAGAAAACCCUAUCACGAAUAAGGCUGCAUCAUUGGCAUGGCAAUCAGUGGGGAGGUCAAGCAGGGAUAGGCUUGGACGUAGCCUCGAUGCGGAAGCUGAUCAAAGCUCUACGACACUCCCAGAGCCUGGUCGAAAAGAUAGCACUAGCGAUCCGGCACCAGUUCGACCAUCGUCAUCGAAUAAUAUUCGCUAUGAUAGCAGAACGAGAACUCUUGUCCACGAAUCUCACUCACAUCUUCCCGUAUCAAGCCCUCCGGAUCUGCUGACUGGGAAGGUGGAGCUAUUUAAUACUACUGGCCGCUCAAACGGCUACCCUUUCCCUCCAACAGACCCAGGCCGACCAGGUCUGGUUUCUGGGUCCAUCCUCAGUACAUCUUCCCUUCGAGACUUGAUAGAUCUCGAACCUCCAACACCUCCUGUCGCUGAACCAAGAAAGACUCCUCCACCACCUCCACCGCACUCAAGAUCACCAACAAAGUUUGAGCCUGUAUCUUAUCCUACCUAUUUGAAAGAAUACCCGGAGACUGGCUCCAGGAGGAGUAAGGCAGAAAAGGGCUUGCCCAUACGGCGGAAACAUGUGGCCAAGGAAGGAACAGAUGUUGAAAGCUCUUCCAGCAAAGUUUCCAGAAAGCCUGUUUCUGCAAAUACUUUGCCACCACGACAUCGUGAUCGACAUCAAGAAAGGGACGAUGCAAGAAGAGCGCAGAGGAGGGAAGCCAAGAAGCCCAGAGAUGAAGAGGUAUCUUCCCAGAGUGUCGACGAUGACACAAAUAGCAGUGGAGGUCAGGCCUCAAAGCCGAAGAGAAAGUUGAAACAGAAACAGAAAGAAAAACCGAUACUCGCCGAACCCACUACUCCAACUUCUGAUGAUUCUGCAGCCUCCGACACGGACGAUGCGAAGAAGGCUUGGGAAGAGAAAGUCAAGCAGCUUAUGAAACAUUUGCCCAAAGGAGUUGAUGAGGGCGCUGCAAAACAAAUUUUCAACGAGAUUGUAGUCCAUGGCGAUGAGGUUCAUUGGGACGAUGUCGCGGGUCUCGACAUCGCCAAGAAUGCUCUCAAAGAAGCAGUUGUGUACCCUUUCCUACGACCAGAUCUCUUCAUGGGUCUUCGUGAACCAGCUCGAGGCAUGCUGCUAUUCGGUCCCCCUGGCACAGGAAAGACCAUGCUAGCCAGAGCUGUGGCCACCGAGUCGAGGUCAACAUUUUUCUCGAUUUCUGCAAGUAGCUUAACAAGCAAAUAUCUUGGAGAGUCCGAGAAGCUCGUUCGAGCGUUGUUUUCUCUGGCGAAAGCUCUCGCCCCUAGCAUUAUCUUUGUCGACGAGAUCGAUUCCUUACUUUCUUCACGGUCCGGUUCAGGUGAACAUGAGGCGACAAGAAGGAUUAAGACCGAGUUUCUGAUUCAAUGGAGUGAUUUGCAACGUGCUGCAGCAGGGAGAGAGCAAAGCGAGAAAGAAAAGGAAAGAGGCGAUGCGAGUCGGGUGCUUGUACUGGCUGCAACAAAUUUGCCUUGGGCAAUUGAUGAGGCGGCCAGACGAAGAUUUGUGAGAAGGCAAUAUAUUCCGUUGCCGGAAGACGAGACAAGAGCUACCCAAUUGAGGACCCUGUUAGGACAUCAGAAACACAACCUAGACGAAGAUGAUAUCCAGAGACUGGUGGAACUAACUGAUGGUUUCUCUGGUUCUGAUAUCACUGCAUUGGCAAAAGAUGCAGCAAUGGGCCCUUUAAGAUCUCUAGGCGAAGCCUUACUCCACAUGUCCAUGGAUCAAAUUCGACCGAUCCAGUUCCAGGAUUUUGAAGCUAGUUUGAUCAAUAUCAGACCUAGUGUUAGUAAGCAAGGCCUGAAGGAAUUUGAAGAAUGGGCAAGGGAGUUUGGCGAGAGGGGUGGCUAG